AUGACUACCAUUCACCACCAACAGAUGGUACAGGAGCAGGUGUCCAUGGAGUUCCCCAGCAACACCACCCACGUGCAGACCUUCUCCCAAACAACAAAGAUCGUGGGAGAGGAAGUCAUGACAAGGUGCUCCAGCACAGUGGAGUCCUUUAACAUCCCUGCAGGGGAGAGCAACUCUGAGUUUGUGGAGACGCCUCAUCCAAUCGCUGCUCCCAAGGGUGGGGUGCAGGGAAGCCCCCAAGCCCAACAUCUCCUGGAGGAGAGCAGCAACCCCACCAAGGAGACGGCUAAGAUUGUCUAUGACAGCAUCAACAAGGAAUGUGUGCUGAGGCUGGAAGCUCUGACCUCAGACGACUCCAUGUAUUGUCAGCAUGGAAAAACCGUGUCCAGUCUGGAGGUCCAUCCCAGCAACCUGAAGCUGACUGCGACAGCCAGCAGUGACCAUGUGGAUGCCAUCUAUUCAAGAGGAGCCCCACAUGAGCUGAUGUCCAGGCACGUGGCAUUGUGCUGGAAGCACGAUGGACGCCUGCUGUUGAGAGGCUUCAAGUGCAAUGUGAGUCAGGAAGGCAAGCGAGCAGAGCUGGUCAUUGACGAUGCACAGCUCAGAGAUGGUGGUGAGUACACAGUGGUGGCCCUGCAGGACGGGGACCCCACUGAACACGUCAGUACUGCCACCCACACUGUGGAAGGUACACUCUGACAAGCCACAGUGACCACUGGGCUUGACCUCAGCAUUUCUCCACAAGCAUCAGGCCACCGUGAAGAGCAGUUGGUAGACAUGCUGGCUACCCCGCCCACUUGUGUCACGAACUUGUAAGGGGUGCCCAUCAAGACGCAGGGUGCUGUGCACAAGCUCGUCUUCCCCACCCUGGGCCCGGAGCAUGAGGACAAGUACCUACGGCAGGCCAAGGGCGCAGCCUGUGACACCUCCACGUUCAUCUCAGAUCCUCCUACCAUCAACCCAUGCAGCCUGGAGGCACUAGCUGCACAUCCUCUGACCUUGAAGGCAGGCCACAUGGCCCGCAUCAAAGUACUCUUUUGGGCAAGGUCACUGCCCAAAGGAAGCUGGUGCAAGGAUGGAAUGGAGGUGACGGAGGAGGAACAUGUGUCCAUGGAGCGCAGUAGAGCCCCGCCCUGCUCACCAUCCCAAGCUGCAGGGGAGGACAGCAACCUGACCCUGCUCAAGCUCAAGAAAGACCAUGGCACAGCCACAGCCACUCUGCACCUCAGCCUGGUGGCGGAGUUCCUGGAGCUCUCAGGAAACUGCACUGAAGUAGAAAGCUGCAAGAACAGUGACAGACAGCCAGUGACAUGGUUCAUAGUGGAAUGGAGGGCUGUUGGCAAGAAGUCCUGGAUUAAGAUAGGGGAGAACCUCCAAGGCCGAGUACAGGGCCUGCACAUGUCUGGCUCCUCUAUAAGCAUUUGCCUUGGCUGGUGGGAUCCUAUGGAGGACAACCCACUUGGGCUGUACCUUGAGAUGCAAGCCAAAGGCUGUAAAGACUGGUCAGCGUGCACAAAGAUCCCCUUCUCAGGUGCCUUCCACACAGUGGGGGGCCUCACUGAAAGGCAGAAAUACUUCUGCAUCCAGGCUAUCAACAAGGUUGGAGUUGGGGAGCUUGGGAAGCUAGAUGAGGGAGAGGUCCAUGCCCUCACCUCUGUGCCUUCCACCCCAGCUGUCCCCAAGUUUGACCACAGUGUGUGGCUGAAGAGUCACAUGGUGGUAUGUGCUGGCACAGCCCUCUGCAUCCAUGCAGCCUUUUCUGGUUCACUACCGCCAACUGUGGCCUGGCAAAAAGACAGCAUCAUCACCAAGGGCUGGGAAACUAUCACUAGAGGCAAAAACUACGCCCAGUUCAUCAAUAGUACCAAACGCUCUGACUCAAGAGGGUAUCGAAUCUUGCUCCAGAAUAAGUUUGGAGAGGUACACUAUGACAUCCACAUGAGUGUGGUAGAUACCCCAACCCCUACAACCCUGAAGCUGUUUGAGGUGGUCCCCAACAUGGUGACUCCAUCCUGGAACUAUAGCCCUGAUGUGCAGGAAGAUGGUGAUGCCCACUAUGUCACCAUGAAGAAGGACACAAGCAGCCCCACCUGGUUCACCUCAGCUGAGCAUGUCUUCAGCAACAAGCACAGAGACAGGAAGUACUACUUCAGGGUGAUGGCUCGGAAUGAAAUCAGUUACAGUGACCCCCUGGACUCCAAAGACACCUGGCUUGUCAGUGAGGACCAGAGAGAACAUCUUAGUUCUGAGCAGAAGACCUGCCAGCUGAAAGACUGGCACUACGCACUCCACUUCCUGACCCCACUCCAGCCACACACAGCGCUGCAUGCCCAGAACCACAUGACAUGUGCCUUCCUUGGGAACCUGCAGCCCAUGGUGACCAUCUACAAGGGUCACAUGAACAUUGUCGCCAACUCUUAGUUCUGGUACAGCUCCACCAGUGGCAUGUGCACCCUUGUCAUCCCCACCUGCCCUCUAGGCGGUGGCGAUAGAGUGCUGGCAGAGAAUGAGCUGGGGGACCAUAGCUGCACCCUCACCAACUGA